AUGAGCCACAAGCAUCAGACCCUCCGCUUCGCGAGCGAUCCAACUGCCGGCGAUGGCAUCUGGGGCUACCCGACCAGCAAGGCAAACUUCUGCGAAGAAGAUUACCUCUUGACGCGCUACAUCGCCGAGUUCAUCAACUGUCUCUCCAAUGCUACCUACAUCUACCUCGCGCUCAAGUACCCGCGCGCCAAUGCCAAGGCCGCAGUCCCAUGGUACAGGACCCUCGACAUCCAGUCCAUCGGCCUGAUCCUCGUGGGCAUCUUCUCCGGCGUCUUCCACGGCACCAUGCACCAGGAGACUCAGCUGCUUGACGACCUCUCCAUGCUCGUGCUCGCCGGGUCGCUGGUCCAGCCGCUUUACGUCUUCCGCCAGUCGCGCGCCGUCGGCGCCGCCGUCGCCACGAUCCUGUGGCUCGGCAUCGCCGCCAUGGCCACCAUCUACGUCCGCUCCGGCGACAUCUUCAUCCAUGUCAUGACCUUCACGGGCCUGCUGACCUUUGUCUGGCCGCGGACGCUCUUCAUCGUCUACGGAACGGGCCGCUGGUCCAAACCGGAGCAGAGGCGGCUGAUGGCGCAGUUCGCCAAGGCCUGCGCCGUCCUGAUCCUCGGCUUCACGCUGUGGCACAUUGACCUCGAGUACUGCGCCGAGCUGAGGGCCGCGCGGAGGAGCCUCGGCCUGCCGCUCGCAUGGCUGCUGGAGCUGCACGGCUGGUGGCACAUCUUCACCGCCUUCGGCGCGAGCUGGUACAUGAGGCUAAUCAGGGAGCUGACGUCCGACGACCAGUCUAUGGACAAUGCGAAGAAGGCGCAGUAG